AUGGGUUCCAGACUGAGCCGGCAGAGCAGCCUGGACAAUGAGAAUUUCUCCAAAAAGCGACGCAAGCUUCUAGACGGCACCGGAGAGAGCGACAGGGGCAGUCGGGGCGGCGGGGACUUUCUAUUUGCACUGAUGCUGAAAUCAGACAAACUGCCCGGGAUGCUGCGCAGGACCAACCACAGUCCGUACAUGAGGAGAGUUGCUUGGAUCAAAGAGAUACAGAAGCUGCUCCGUGACCGCAGCAUAGAGCAGGCAACCGACGUGCUCAAAUUACUGAGGAAGGAUCUGGGUUUAGAAGGAACCUCGCUCAACGACAUCUUGUACAAAAACGCUGCCUUCCUCAACCUCGUAGACCCGAUCUCGCAUGAACUGCUGCUCAGCUUGGCUCGAGAGAUGCAGUGUCCUAAGAAGGACGCAGACACCAUAAAGUCCUCUGAUAAGAUUUGCAGACAGCUGAUCUAUCACCUGACCCCGCACUCAAAGUGGCUGAGGCAGAGCAUGUCCAGACGGAAAUCCCAGGCCUGUCUCAAGACAACUCUACAGAAAAAGCUGUCCAGCGACUCUGUCGACUUGUCCGGUAUCCCUCUAUCCACUCGAGAUGUACGUCAAGUCGCCUUCUACCUCCAAAACAACAGAGACAGUGUGGUGGCUGUGGACAUCAGCUUCACUGAGCUCCACGAUGAGAACCUGAGGAUUCUCCUGCCUCUUCUGGCCUCACUGCCCAAACUCAGCACCCUGGCUCUCAACGGGAACCGCCUCACCCUGGCUAUACUCAAAGACCUCACCGAGAUGCUCAAAGACCCCAAGAUGUUCUCCAGCCUGGCCUGGAUCGACCUGGGCAAUAACGUGGACAUUUUCACCAUGCCUCAGCCGCUGCUGGUCGCAUUGCGUCGGCGCUGCAGCCUGAAGAGCAGCCUGCCUACUAUCUAUGAGUACACAGAGGGCCAGCCCUACUGCUACCACCUGGAGACUUCCAUUGAGGAGCCCAGCCACUACGAGGAGGAAGAAGAGGAGGAGGAAGAGGCGGAAGUUGAUGAGGAAGAUGUAGAGAACAAAUUUGAGUUGGAGCCGUGGGGUUUAGGGGAAAAGCAGGUCUCCAAAGACUUCACCCUUCACUACUGUGAAAGGUGA